AUCAAACCUUUAUAUACUGUACUUGUGGGUGCUCCGGUCAUCUUUACCGUGUUAGUGAACAAGACUUCUACCACCACAAUGGCCCACAUCAUCAAAGUUUGUCUGCUGCUCAUUGCUGUUGUUGUUGUGUCUGAAACCGGGAUCAUCCCGAGCUCGAACUGCCAACCACUGCGGCGAUGUGUCCUGCCUGACAUGGAACAUGACAGCAACAGCUCGUACUCCUACUUCAACAACUCAUUCUUUGAACCCAUCUGUCAAGAUCUGGACAAGUACAAAGCUUGUGUGAGGGCCGCUAAAGACAGGUGUAAAGAAGUGCGACUGGUCAUCGAAAAAAGAGCCCACGCCGCCUUUGCAAGUUUAUUCUGCAGCGAAGAUGGAAAGCAAGCCGUUGAAGAGUUCCAGGCCAACAAUUGCACUACUGACAUAUUCAAGAUGAGAAUGUUGGAUGUCACCAAUUAUUUCUGCUCGGAGCCUCUGGAACUUCUGUCACAAGAGUCGGGAGUCACGUGCUGUGCCUUGAAUACGACCUGGAACUGUUUGAAGUCUCAUGCUACAAGGGAAUGUGGCGCCGCAGGGGGACAACUCUUCGCCAUGGCCAACACCAUAGACCUGGCUGAAGCCUACACUGAUGACCUCUGCGACUUUGACAAAAUUUAGUCAUGGGGGACAAGAUUUUUAAAAUAACCUUUUAAAAGUCUAAUUUUUUGGAAAGAAAAAAAAAUGAUUUACCUUAUAGGUGUGAAAUAUG